AGAACAAAUGGUUUUCCUCGGCUCAGAACAGGAGCAGACGCCGGCAGAGGAGCAGAGGAGCGCGGUUAGAGCAGAGUAGGAGGGAGGAUCCGUGAACGCAUCGUCACCGCCACACCUCCACCCUCACCGUCUUCUUCCCCAGAGAAAAACAGAGGAGCUACGGGAUCGAUUAUUGGUUGAUUAAUCAACCCCAGAGCUGUAAUCAAUGAAGGAGCGUCACUCUGCUACUGCUGCCGCCGCCGCGAAGACCAUGGAUCCCGGAGAGAGUGUGAAGUGUAAGAUCGUGGUGGUCGGAGACAGUCAGUGCGGGAAAACUGCGCUGCUUCACGUGUUCGCCAAGGACUGUUUCCCUGAGAGUUAUGUCCCCACAGUGUUUGAAAACUACACAGCCAGCUUUGAGAUUGACACGCAGAGGAUUGAGCUCAGUCUUUGGGACACCUCAGGAUCUCCGUACUACGACAAUGUGAGGCCUCUCUCUUACCCAGACUCCGACGCUGUGCUCAUCUGCUUCGACAUCAGCCGCCCUGAGACCCUGGACAGUGUGCUGAAGAAGUGGAAGGGUGAGAUCCAGGAGUUCUGUCCCAACACUAAGAUGCUGUUGGUUGGCUGUAAGUCUGACCUGAGGACUGACCUGAGCACACUGGUGGAACUGUCCAACCACAGACAGACUCCAGUCUCCUAUGACCAGGGGUCCAACAUGGCCAAACAGAUCUCUGCUCCCUACAUCGAGUGUUCAGCCCAGCAGUCGGAGAACAGCGUUAGAGACAUUUUCCACGUGGCCACACUGGCCUGCAUCAACAAAAACCACAAAAACGUCAAACGCAGUAAAACCACUCGUGCUAACAAGAGGAUUUCACACAUGCCCGGUCGGCCCGACUUGGGCGCCGUGGCCUCAGACCUAAGGAAGGACAAAGCCAGAAGUUGCUCCGUUAUGUGACCAAUGGUACGGAGGACAUGGUUAGACUGGGGAGAACGAGGACGGAGCACAGUGUUAGCAGGAAGCUUUGGGAGCGGCGCUCUUUCCUGCAUGCUCUAAAGCCCUUUUUUUAGUCUAGAAGAGGGUUCAAUAAGCUUCACUUCAUGUACGUGUUACUGGAAUACUUACCGCAUAGUAGCAUCCCAACCCCCUGCCCUUUCAGAGGAGGAAGCUAUCUGCCAGAGCGCCACCUGCAACAGGAAGUGACCUGCUUCCUGUGGAAGGACAAAAAGGACAAACCGGAGGCUUUUGACGCCAACAGGAAAUGGAAGAUCCUGGUUCGUAAAGGAGGUGCGUCAGAGGAAAAAACUCUGAUCUUUGUGAAUGGGAAUCAAAUACUAGGAUAAGGAUUUUUAAAGGCCUGUGAAGAAUUAAAAAAAAAAGGAAAAGCAGGAGCUGUGUUUGUUGUUUGUGAUGGAUUCAAGAAACUCUUUGAAGCGGUUUAGAAUGAUGUAACUCCUGCUCCUCACUCUCGUGGUGACUCUCCUAAAGUUCAGAAGACCGAUGUCUCGAGUCCUGCACAAAGAGAACCUGAAGCUGUGUGUGUGUGUGUGUGUGUGUCCUGUCAUUGUUUCAUUGUCAGUAUAAUGUGAAGUCAUUGGUGUGUAACUGUGUCAUUGUUAGAUUUAAAGUUUUAGACAAAUUGACCGAUCGUGAUCAGAUCCAUAAAGACAAAGAUGGAGCUGAAGGACAACGAGGAAAAACAACAACUGGAAGAACAACAAACAAACAACCAAACCAGCUGUGGCCCAAUCUACACAUGGCCCACACACAUUAGGCUUCAUUCAUGUUGGACAAGAUGCUGUUGUCCACUCCAACACAGUCUAGAAGAGAGUGUGGCCCACAUAUGGGUUUCUGUGCUUCUGUCCAUGAACUGGACCAGACAUUCAGUAUCCAGAAGGAUUUUCUUUUGUUCUGGAGAAGACUACCUUUGGUCUAAGUCAGGAUGUGGCCCAAAUUCUAGAUGUCAGAUGUGGGCCUUUCUGGCUCUUUGCCUUUUAAAUUAGUCUUAACUAAUAAUGGUCCACUUUAUUUUUCUUGCAUAAAAAGUCCAGUAUUUUUGUUUGUUUGAUUUUUAUUUGGACUUUGACAAACCUGAUCUGUAGUGUAAGUAAAAGUCCAAAAAUGAAAAUCUUAGUUUCCCCCAAAUAGCAGUGCAAUUAAUAAUGUUCAUAUUUUAAAGUUAUUCAUGCACUUUUUUUAAUGUAAAUCCCCUACCAUUACCUUCUCUUUAAACACCACUUCUGACACCAUCUGUUAUUUUUUUGAAUGUGUAUGUGCUCAAGUUUCAGCCUCAGAAUGUCUGCGCUGCAGUAUUUAUUUAAAUGUUUUCAUUUCCUGUUUGAAAAUAAAUGUCAUUGCAAAAUAAAUAGAA